CGAGCACGGAAGAUGUUUUAGGAAACAGCGCUGCGUAUGACCGUGGAGAAACAGCUUGAAGUGACUUGCAGCAGACAUGGCUGACAACACGCCGCAGAAGUCAGAUGCUCCCUUUGCGACCAGGGUAGAUCCUCUUAAAGAUGAUCUCUCCGAACAACAGAGGUUCUUCAUCAAGCAGGUUGAGCAGGAACAGUGGAAGAAGAGAACGCAGAGGAUGGUUGGCAGGAACGCAGUCGUCGGUCUCGCCAUUGGAGCACUUGUGAUGGGAAUCUAUGGCUACACGUGGUAUUCCGUCUCUCAGGAGAACGCCGUUAAUGAACUAGAUGAGGAUGCCAGACGUCCAAGGACGCAGGAGCCAAAGACUGGUGCCAACUGAGAUACAAGUUGCCUGCCUGUGGUUGGACUGCAAGUCUGUUCUGCACUUAAUCAAGAAUGAACAUAUGUGGACACUGAUACCCCUGUUUGUUUUUCCCCAUUAUUCAUAUUUUUCUUUCUUACUUUUAUGUUGGGACAACAGUGGCCUUUGUUUGUCAUGAGUGUGAAGGGUGACUGUGUGGUUCUGUUGCUGGACAUGUGUUGAUUUUGAGCUUUAAGCUUGCUUUUCUUUGGAAAGGACAAAAUCAAUUGACAACAUGACCUCUAACACAUUUGCCAGAUGGCUCAUGUUUAGGAGUCAAUAGAGCUAUCACCUCAAAUUUCAGUCCUGAUAAUCAUGUGAUGAGUAUGAGGAUACAGUUUGAGGGAAACAUUCUAAAGUUGUCAGCAAAUGAUGUUAACUCUACAGUGGCUCAAGAAUCUCUGUAACACUGCUGAAAUGACAAGGAUCAAACUGUUCGAGCAAUAUUUAUAUAUAAAAAUGACGAUUUGUUAAUAAAAA